AUGGCAGCUCUAGACGAUCUUCCGUGGAUAGAUUCCAUGGCACCCCCAUCGCAUGCGCAGGAGCAAGGCCAGUCGGAUUCUCAACCGCCGACGGUCGCUGCUUUCUCUCCUUCUACUAUCACCGGCUCAGCCUUAACCUCGCGACAGCGUUCUAGCGUCAUCGUGCAUCGCAAAUCUCCCCUGCUGGUGGCCACACCACCGGCCAUCACUCGGGCUCUGGCCUACUCCCACCCAUUCCUUCUUCCCCUCAAUAAACUCGCCGGUCUGUUGACAUGGACCUCUGGAGAUCCCUGGCAGAGCUUCCUGCUCGUGGCCACCUUCUGGACGGUAGUGCUCUACAGUGAUGCCAUCAUUCGUUGGGCAGGACCGAUCCUGGUUGUGGUUGCCCUGAUCCUAGGCAUGUAUGGCCGCCGCUACUCGCCUUUGUCGUCAACUAUUUCAACGGGCGAGAAGCACCAGAGGAAGGUUUCCCAAGACUCAACUCGACACCAAAAGAGUUUGGAUGAGAUCGUGGAAACUCUCCGCAUCUUCACAACCAGAUGCAAUAUACUCCUCGAGCCUCUGCUCGACCUUACUGAUUUCCUAUCAACCCAGCGUACGCCUACAUCGGCGACGACUAAGCCUGCCCUGACGGCCCUUUUCAUUCGAAUCCUCUUGGUAACUCCUAUAUGGAUCCUCAUGACUCUCCCACCGUUUUACUUAAUUACUACCCGCCGCGUCGUCAUGGCCGUUGGCACUAUCGUCUUAACUUAUCAUUCUCGGCCCGCGAGAGUCUCGCGUGUCGUUCUCUGGCGGUCACGGGCCGUCCGUCGAAUCUGUGCCGCAGCCACGGGGCUUUCAGUGGCCGAUACCCCGAGCAGUGCACCAAAGGCCCAGGUCCAGACUGAAGGCCAAAGCCAAGGCUUGAACAUCUCUACUCGGCGGCGUGGAAAUAAUUCGACUGUAAGAUUUACUUUCGUCGUCUAUGAGAACCAGCGCCGCUGGUUAGGUAUCGGAUGGACCUACUCGUUGUUCCCAUCGGAACGCGCUCCUUGGACGGACGAGCACAUGAACGCCGUCCCUCCCAAAGAUACGUUUGAACUGCCGGAUGUGAAAACAGGAGACGCCAAAUGGCGUUGGGUCGAGGGUAGUGACUGGCGUGUCGAGGGGGCGGACUUCUUCAAUUCAAAGUCCGAGUCCAAGGGUACUACCGGCGAGGGAUGGAUCUACUAUGACAACAAGUGGAACGAUGGUCGCCGCGGCCAAGAUGGAUGGGACCGCUAUACUCGCCGACGCAAGUGGUACCGCGACGCGGAAUUAGCCGAGUUAUCACCGUCAGGCACUGAAAACACCUCCGAGGAGACAAUUUCUGGACUCACUCAAGCUCUGGAAAAGGAGAAGCAACAAGAGUGUGACGAAGAUGCUGACACCAAGAGCAUUACUCCAUCUACCGCCUCCAAGACCCGUCGGCGCUGGUUUGGUAGCGGCAAGGAAAAGGAGAAAGAUCAAACCGCUUCUUCCAUUGACAGCGGCCGAGCUUCAGGCUCAAACCCCUCCGGCGGUGGCGAUGGCCCAGGUCUCUCGCGCCCUAUAAGCAUCCAAAACUCCCGCAAAUCUUCUCAUUAUCAUAAACGCGAAGGAAGCGUGGCAACAAGUGACAGUGCCAGUCUCCGUGAAAAGGAAAUGGCCAAUUCGCAUGACCAUCUUGAUAAGUGGUCAACCCGGGCUGCGGAUGGGACAGAACGAGCAGAGAGAGAAUGGGGACUCAGUGACGACCUAAAUAUGGGAUUGAGCUGA